AUGGCCUCCAUGGGGCUGCAGGUGCUGGGCAUUGCCCUCUCCGUCAUCGGCUGGUUGGCCUCCAUCCUCUGCUGUGCCCUGCCCAUGUGGCGGGAGACGGCCUUCGUCGGCAACAACAUCGUGGUGGCCCAGAUCAUCUGGGAAGGGCUGUGGAUGAACUGCGUGGUGCAGAGCACGGGGCAGAUGCAGUGCAAGGUCUACGACUCCAUGCUGGCCCUGCCGCAGGACCUGCAAGCCGCCCGCGCCAUGGUGGUGGUGGCCAUCGUCUUGGCCGUCCUGGGCACCCUGCUCGCCGUCGCCAGCGGCAAGUGCACCAACUGUGUGGAGGACGACACCGCCAAAGCCAAGGUCAUGAUCCUCUCCGGUGUCAUCUUCAUUGUCGCCGGCGUCCUCAUCCUCAUCCCCGUCUCUUGGUCGGCCAACACCAUCAUCCGGGACUUCUACAACCCGCUGGUCACCGACUCCCAGAAGCGGGACCUGGGGUCGUCCCUCUACGUGGGCUGGGCGGCCUCCGCACUCCUGCUGCUCGGGGGGAUCCUCUGCUGCACCUGCCCCCCCCGGGGCGAGAAGCCCUACUCUGCCAAGUUCACGGCCGCUCGCUCGCUGCCAGCCAGCAACUACGUCUAG